CCUCAUCUCUCAAAUCUUUGAUUCGAACAUCAAUCUUAUCUUGUUGCUUUUCUAGCCUUGCCAGCUGUGCCAUCACAUUUCAUUGUGCGAGCGCACUCUCCAUCAGCUUUUGUGAUUUUCCCGGGUGAAUUUCUGUGUUUGCUUCUCCUCGAUAGUCAAUAAUAUCCGCCAUGGACGUGGCUAAGAAGUUGAUACCAUGGGCAAGGCCACUUCUUCUGGUUAUUCUGACUGCUGUAGCUGGCUAUGCAUACUCACAAAUUCGCACCCUCUCCCUUCCUAUCUCCCAAGCUCUCGCACUAUUUACGGUCGUCCUGCCGCUCGUCACUGGAAUAUCUACACAAGGUGCCGUUGGAUUGAUCCAGCGAGCGAAUAAGAAGGAACAAAAUCAACUCACGCUGCCACUAAUUGCUGUUAUUGGUUUCCAGUUGGUCUACGAAACUAUUGUCGCUACCCUCGCCCUGACAUAUAUGAUACCACCAAAAUCAUUACACUGUGGGCUGGAAGAUGCAUGGCAUAGUCUGUUCAGUGCAAAAGAUGAUAGAAAGAUAAGCGCAAUUCAAGAUGCGUUGAAUUGUUGCGGUCUUCAUUCGAUGGCUGAUAUGGCCUCGCCGAUCAAGAACCAAAAGGGUCCUGGGAGUUGUCAGGCUUUGACAGAUCGCUCGCAAAGCUGUUUUGGCCCCUGGAGACAAGCGGAGCAGAUAAAUGCUGGCCUACUUCUACUUGUAGCCGUCGUUAUUUUCACCAUUAAGGUGAUUUCUAUCAUAAAUUUGCUUACCACCUCCUUCUGGAGACGCUCGUACUGGUCUCGACCCAUUCACAGCAUAACGAGUGGUGAUGCCGAAGCGCCAGAAGAAGAUAAUAGGGCAGAGACAAGACGGCUAAUCGAGGAAGGCGAUGAUGAAGAAGAAUCUUACCGAGAUGAGCCCACUCAAAGACGCCUCUCGGGAUUGAAUGGUUCGGGCCAUGGCCAAGGACCAAGAGUCGAGCCUUCUCGCUUGUCACAAAACUAUUAG